CCAUCAGCCCACCAAGCAAGCGCCCUCGCCCGCCGCUCUCCCGGGCUCCCGGCCAUGUCUCCCGCCCGGCUCCGGCCCCGACUGCGGUUCUGCCUGCUUCUGCUGCUGCUGCUGGUGCCAGCGGCGCGGGGCUGCGGGCCGGGCCGGGUGGUGGGCAGCCGCAGGCGGCCGCCGCGCAAGCUUGUGCCGCUCGCCUAUAAGCAAUUCAGCCCCAACGUGCCCGAGAAGACCCUGGGCGCCAGCGGGCGCUAUGAAGGCAAGAUCGCGCGCAGCUCGGAGCGCUUCAAGGAGCUCACCCCCAAUUACAAUCCCGACAUCAUCUUCAAGGACGAGGAGAACACGGGCGCCGACCGCCUCAUGACCCAGCGUUGCAAGGACCGCCUGAACUCCCUGGCCAUCUCGGUGAUGAACCAGUGGCCCGGCGUGAAGCUGCGAGUGACUGAGGGCUGGGACGAGGACGGGCACCAUUCGGAGGAGUCGCUGCACUACGAAGGCCGCGCAGUGGACAUCACCACGUCGGACCGCGACCGCAAUAAGUACGGACUGCUGGCGCGGUUGGCAGUGGAGGCCGGCUUCGACUGGGUGUAUUAUGAGUCCAAGGCCCACGUGCAUUGCUCCGUCAAGUCCGAGCACUCAGCUGCAGCCAAGACAGGUGGCUGCUUCCCUGCUGGAGCCCAGGUGCGCCUGGAGAGUGGGGCACGUGUGGCUUUGUCAGCUGUGAGGCCAGGAGACCGGGUGCUGGCCAUGGGGGAGGAUGGGAACCCCACCUUCAGCGAUGUGCUCAUUUUCCUGGAUCGUGAGCCAGAUAAGCUGAGGGCCUUCCAGGUCAUCGAGACCCAGGACCCCCCGAGACGCCUGGCACUCACACCUGCCCAUCUGCUCUUCACUGCCAACAAUCACACAGAACCAGCGGCCCACUUCCAGGCCACAUUUGCCAGUCAAGUGCAGCCUGGCCAGUAUGUGCUAGUGGCUGGGGUGCCAGGCCUGCAGCCUGCCCGAGUGGCAGCUGUCUCCACACAUAUUGCCCUUGGGGCCUAUGCCCCACUAACGAGGCACGGGACACUGGUGGUAGAGGAUGUGGUGGCCUCCUGCUUCGCGGCCGUGGCUGACCACCGCCUGGCUCACUUGGCCUUCUGGCCCUUUCGACUGUUUCACAGCUUGACGUGGGGCAGCUGGACCCUGGGGGAGGGUGUGCACUGGUACCCCCAGCUGCUCUACCGCCUGGGACAGCUCUUGUUGGAAGAGAGCAGCUUUCACUCACUGGGCAUGGCCGGGCCAGGGAGCUGA